UGUUCUUGCUCGCUCAAAUCGCUACAUGUUCAGUUGGUUUAGAUUUUUUUUGACGUGACGGUGUGGAUGCAGGAAUUAUACAAAAGUAGUGGAAUGGAAUAUUAGCCUUUUUUUGAAUUGUCUUCUUAUAAAUAUUUUUUCUACAUAAAUAUAUUUAAUUUGCAUCGUGUUUUAAAUCUCGAUUAAAUUACAAAUAUAUUUAUAAACCGUGCCGGCAUUUUAAAAUUUCCUUCAAUCAAAUGUCCCAGUGAAAAAUAUUGUUCUUUUUCUAACAGAAAAAAAUAAAUAAAAAAUAUAAUUUUUCUUUCUUUCAUUCAAAUUGCCAGCAAAAGACGAAGAAAAAAGAAGAAAAAAAAAAACGCAAAGGGUAAAAUAAAUCCAAAUCCAAAAAGUGCGUAUGUAAGAAAGAGAUAGAGAAUAUAGUUUGGCUAUAGGAAGAAAAAAAAAAGUGCGAGUAUCGAAAUUUUAUUUCCUUCAAAAUUUUCCUUUUGAUUUUUUUUUUUUUUCUACGAUUUACUCGAUUUUAAUUUAAUUUUUUUAAAUUAAAAAAUUAAUCUUUACAAAGAAGUGAAGUAAUAAAUUAAUAAAUUUAUUUAUAUACUUCAUUGGGAAUAAAUAAAUUUCAAGUGUUAACGCAAAAUUUACUACACACAAAUAAAAAAAGUGUAAAGUGCGUCUUUGAAAAAAAGUCUCUCUCUCUCUGUGUUAAAGAAGAGUGUGUUAAACGAUGUUGAUCUCAUGUAAAUGUUUAAACUUUGUUGCCAACACUUCUGCUAGCAGAAGUAAUAGCAUUCAUCAAUUCGAUAAGAAUCAUCAAUUGAAUUUGAUUAAUAAUCGGCAGCGUGAUCGAGAUGCUGCUACUGCUAAUGCUGCUGAUAGCGGCACGAGCGGCAGCGGCAACAAUGCCGGCAGUGGUAGAACUGCGGUGGCUGCUGCUGUGGGUGACGAGAAUCGGUGUAAUGACGCGUUGACCGCCGAAUUGGUGAAUGCUUUUUUACAAAGGUAUCCCAGAAAUUGCGUCUUUAAUUCCCAAUGUAUGGAAUUAUUGAAGCAGGCCAUAGGACCGGUUUCGGAACUUUCAGUAACCAUCCACCAACGUGACCUAGUUUGCAUGCUACCUUGCAAUUCGUGGGUUCUUAAUAUUUGCAUCAAUUGCAAUACAGCUAUAUGUGCUAAGCACACCUCAGACUCGAUCUAUCUGCUCAAUUCCAAUCUGCUUAUUAGCCACGACGAGCUGGUGCAACGCAAAGCAGAAAAAUCCUAUUCUGAGACUUUUGGUAUUCUAAUAAUGAACCACCAACAAAUUCACCAACAACAACAAGUCGACGAUAAUCCCUUUCACAUAAGAAGCAAUAAGGCCAAUAACCGAUUGCGAUCACUCACACAGAAUUUGCAAUCGAGAUUGCAGAAGGAAAUCGCCGAUACGGACGAACGUAUACACCGUUAUACGGAACAGCAAUUUGCUCUUUUAAAGAGUUUUCGUGAAAAGUCUGAACAAGAAUAUCAAAUAUUAGUUAGUCUAGUUAACCAAGUACCUGAACAAUUGAUCGAUGCCAUGGGAACUGGUGCGAACAGUGUCCCAACCACGCCCACCAUAACCACCCCGACUAAAAUCGAAAUCGGACGAAUCGGGGUAGCAACAUCCAAUAUAAAUAAUAAUAAUAAUUCUUCGUUAAGUGCCAUGGACAGCAAUACUCAGACAUCGUCGUCUGUGCAGAGUGUUUUUUCGUUCAACAAUAAGAAAGUUACAAGCUUCGAUACCCCACCAGCGACACCCGAAAGCACUCCAAUGAGUGUUGGCAAUAGUCCGACAUUUAAUAGGCAGCAACAGGCUUCCAUUGGUUUGAGCAGUGUUGUCGGUGGACAUCGUGCUUCCAUUGGGAAUGGUAUGUUUUAUAUAAAUUCAUCAAGUUCCAUUGCCAGCGGUGCUGCUGGUAUGGAUGGAGAUGGUGAUUGUCUAUUCGAGUUGGAAGGAGUGGAAAGCUAUUCAAUGGCACCAAGAUCUUCUAUUCCACAGAAUAUGUCAGAUGUUGAAGAGAGUGCUGAAGAUGCCGAAGACGCAUUGGCUGAAUUGGAGGCUGCCAUUCCCAUUCCGGGAAAUCAUGCUAAAAAGCAAAAUAUGAGAGAUUUUGCUAGAAGUCUUCCCAUAGCCAUAGCUAAUUCUGUUAACGAAGGCACUUUGAUCACUGAUUCGGAUGACGAUAUUCUCGAAGAUAAUGUCGACAUUGCAGCUAGCAUUAAGGCACUUGCUAAAAGUGUACAUGGCGAUGCAGUUUUUGGUGACUUACCCCGACCACGAUUGAAGUCACAAAUAUGAAUUUUGAAUUAUUAUAUAUUUUUGGACAAAACUAUUUUUCUUUAUUGAUAAAGAUUAUGUUUAAUUUUUUAUUUUUUACUAUUCUUUGACUUUAUGUGCAACUUAAGAAACUACAUAAUAACGAACUGUUAAACAUUGUAUUCAUUUUUUUUUUCUGUUCGAAUCUUGUAAAAAAAUGUUAAUCAUAACGCGCUGUUUAUUUUUCAAGACCUAAUUUCAAGAAAUGUUUGAUUAAAUGUGCACCAGCAGAAGUCGAAAUUGUGUUAUUUAUGAAUCAAGCUGUUUGGCACAUUUUCUCAAUAUUUUUUUUUUUUUUUU